AUGGCCUCACCAGAGUAUUACGAAGUGCAGGCUCUGUUGGACGUGCGGAAGAUAUCCGGGAGGAAGGAAGAGUUCUUAGUCAAGUGGAAGAAUUCUCGAGAGCUCACGUGGGAGCCAUCGGGCAACAUUGGAUCCGGGCUCAAUGAUGUGAAAGAGGUAUGGUAUCAGCUUAAUGAUGGCUAUAAGCAUCAGCAUGCCCAGACACUUCGGCAGAAGAAGGAGCGCUUCAGAGGCAGGAAGCUGACCGAGUCGGUAGCGAGUCCGGCAGCAUCUGGAGAUGACUAUACGUCGCAUAGCGAGUCUAGUGAUGAUGACGAUCUUAAAGAAGAACCACUCAAUGGUGCUGCGGGGGACUAUCAAACUGGAAAGCUCAAUGAGGACGAGAAAAUGAAGGGAUAUCUAGCAAGCCCUUCGGAUACUACUAUGGGCGGCACCAACAAGGCUCCAGCAGCUCCUAGACCUAUACCUGUGGCCAGGUUCCGCGGAGGCUUAUUCGGUAUGGUGGAUGACUUGAAACAGAAUGCAGUAUUGAGAGUAGCGAAUACGGCCGGCGUUCGGUAUCUACCUGAGACUAAGCUUAAUAAGCUGUUCAUAGAGUAUCUCUAUGGCACGGAUGUGGAGUCCUCAGUGAUGAGUGAUCUCCAAUAUGAGCAAGCUGUAGUGGACCUUAUGUGGAGUAUGGCUGCCAAUCUGCAAGGACUGGACGAGGCCACACUGUCGGACCUAAAGGAGUGUCUAUUGAGAUUGGCUCGUCAGCUGAGACUACAACCGGCAACAACGUCCAAGAUGCUCCAGGACUGGUUCAAUAGGCAUCAUCAUGUUCAUGCUACUGGGUCGCCUUCUUAUAACCUCAUGAACGUGUCAACACUGCGGGCAAUAUGCUCCUGGAUGUCGACUCUAAAGGACGAAGGUGCUACUAAAAUGGAGGACUUUAGUGAGACUGGCAGUGUAGCUGAUGUUGAUGUCGAUGCCUUGUUGAAGGGGUCUGAUGAUGUUGAGAUGGAGGAGCCCAUCGAGACUGUCGAGGACCCAAUAGUGGCCGAGUUCACGAAGGCACAGAACGAGAUGUUUGGCGAGACUGAGGAUACGGAUGAGGGGGAUAUCUGUACACUCAUCCAUCUGGUCUAUGCUGCUAAGAACCCUAGCAAGUUAUCGGAGGUAACAGUGGAGGUUGGCAGUGGAUUAGAAUGGCCUCGUGUGGUUGACCAGAUGCCGGGCUUGAUAGCGAAGUACUCGGCAACACUUAAGGCGUUGUAUGAGAGCAUAUGCAAAAAGUAUGGUGUGGACUGCGCGGAGUUCGCGAUACAGUCCAACAUCAAGAACUAUAGGACUAUGGAGGACUUUGCUGCUUACUCUUUGGCUAGUGCUCGGUCACUUUAUGCGACCUACAACCCGGCCAAGUUGGACGAAAUAGAAGACAUUAUGGCUAAGAACGCCAAUCAGGAGAUGCAGGUGGUGGCAGCCAUUCGACAGAAAUAUGAUGAAGGUCGAGGAUACAAGCCUGGUAUGUAUUAUCCGCCGAGCAGCCCAGAAUAUGGUAUAAUGGAAUUGAUAAGGGAGGAGUUGGCUGUGUAUAACCCGGACUUGCUCAGAUCCAUCGAGCACACGGUAUUCACGCAGUAUAGGUCGAGGGAGCUGUAUGUGUACUUGGCCAUAUGUGAUAAGUAUGGGGUCACUAUUGACGAGGAUAGACUGGCUGCCGUCGUUGAGACUUAUCGAGAGAAACAGAACACGCAACGACAAGCACAAGUGUUCAAUGUCGUUAAGGAGAUAUAUAAGACGUAUAAUCGCGGGAAAGUCAAGGAUAUUCAUCGGUUAGUGAACAAGUUCUCGAAAUCAACAUCUUCGGAGUUGGAGUUGAUACAGGCUGUUUGUAACAAAUUCAGGGUGCCUCUGCAUGUUAAAGUGGACAUCAUAUCUCGCAUGUUGGACCCUGGUGCUCUGGAUCUGACGUGGCACAGUAAGUUCCAGGAGGCUGUGGAGAAGAGUGACCUGUCGAUGCAUGUGUGGGGCUUGAUACAAAUGGAAAUGUCCAGUAAUAUGGAUUCACAUCUAGUGUCACAGCCGCCAAUGAGGCUGAGCGGCGAGGAUGCGUCUAUGCUUACUAUGGAUAGGUUGUCAGGGGAGGAACAAUGGACGACGGUUGAGAUGCUGAUUCGCGGCCGAGGUGGCAUGAUAUCGAAUGAAGUGAUCAUGAGGGACUUACUCGAUCAGAAGGUUCAUGAGCUGGGUAUAAACAACUAUCCAUCGCAACUACGGUACCGUAUCACGCAGCAGGAGCCUGAGAGUGUUCAAUGGGACUCCUUCUGGGUCGCCGAGACUCCUCGUCUCAGCUGUACGCUCUCGAUGAACUCAGUGUCCCCACCAGAGCCCUCUGCGGCUGGGUACCGACCCCAGCGACUUUGGCUAAGCAUGCAGGAUUUGCUGCAGUGGAUACAUCAUAUACGACAACAGUAUCAAGUGGCUGCUGAUGAGCUGGCUCAGAGUGUACUGCAGAAGGGAGGGCCAGAGGAUGGACCGGUUGUCCAGCCACCAUUGACGGCCAAGAGAGAGCAGCCGACUCAACCACUGCUCUCUUGUAAUGUCGCAUUGGUGAGCCCAAAGCUCACUGUAUUCGCUGGAGACUACCGGACGCUUAUCAUUGACGAGUACCCUGAGUGUAGUCUCAAUCGACAGCAGAAUCAUGUAUGGUUCUUGCCUAAGGGUAGCAGGCGGAGUGACAUUGUAGAUAAGCUUCGAGCAGCGUGUGCGGCUUGGCCGAGAUGGUUGCGUCAUGGAGGUGCUGUUAUCAUUGACUACGAUAAGGUGCACUUCAUUGGUGGACUGAGGAGGAGAGCUAUGUAUCGGGAGGGCAUCAAACAGAUAUCUCGACUGUUGGGAGACGAGGCUGGAUCGGUGCGUAUACCGAGAUAUAUGCUGUCACUGCCAUUGGGGCCUCUACAGCCUCAGCUGCAGGAGCUGGUCUCGGAUUAUGAUGAUCAUGAGAGCCAGGAUGACUAUGGGGAGAGCGAUCCGGAGGUCCCGACAGAGCUUAUCAGACCAUUGAGGUUAUCCCGCCAGCAGAUGAGGGAUGCCUUUAUACAGGGGGCACUCUGCCUCAACUGUGAUGAUAUUACCCAUAAACCAGCUGACUGUGGGAUUAGACGCAAGGUGUGUUGGAACUGUCACGGAGCCCAUCAAGGUCACACCUGCACUACCCGCUGCCGGUUCUGUCAAUGUAACCACAGCGCGUUUGUGCUAUUGGAAUGCGUGAAGCGAGGGGGUAGAAGAGCGCAGGAGUGGGCUAAGAAUCGACAUUAUCAAGAGCAGUUCCAGUUGAAUCGAACGUACCUGGAUGUGGAGCAAGCCAUUGCUAGUGCAGAGACGGCGGGGAAGCAGUGGAGUGAUGAGAUAGUGGAGAUGGUUCGCAUACUGUACAACGCUGGGCAGUGGCUGCCGAAUAGCUGGAAGGAGCACUUCGAAAAGGCUCUUGCUGACGCCAGUGCUGUGAAGUCAGAAGAAGGUGGAGGUCAGGAUCAGGCGUCAGCGGCUGACAAUGAGGCCAGUGUUGCUACUGGGAGUAUCAAGCCAGUACUCCCGUCAACGCCGCCUCCUAUACUCCCGGACCAGAAGUACAAGUGGAUUGAACGUAUCUUCCUCGAUGAGCUGCUGGGUGCGGGCAUGCUUGGUCGCGAUGCUGUUAGGGCCAUCGUGGGCUCGAGAGGCCAGAAUCAUAAGGAGAUGGAGUCGGCCACACAGAGCCGUAUAUACUUCCGAGGGAUGGGUAUGAAGGACGGUGGGGGUGCGGAAGAGAUGCCUGAUCUGAGGCACUUCGACACCGAGGCGAGGAUACAUGUACUGGUCAAGUGUGAUCAGCCACCCCAGGCUAGAGCUGUCCGAUCGAUGCUUAUUCGGAUCAUACGCGGCCUUGAGUCUGAGCGUCAGAGAGGCCAUGGGUCUCAGUGGUUGCUGCAUGCUCAGUUGCCUGGGGGUGGUAUCCAAGGCUUGGAGAUUACGCUUGGUGACAAUCGUGAUAAAGAGGUUAAUGCUUUACAACACUGGCUGCAUGCACAGGGCAUAGAGGCGAAGACGGACUCGAAUCUCACACGCAUAUUGAUACCAUCAACCCGGAAGAUAGAGGCAUCAGUGGCGAUCAAGGAGAGGGAACAACCAGGGGAGUUUGAUGAUAAGAUGGAGGAGAGAAAACGGAUUAUCAAUUCUCCAGCAGUUCGUCAUUCGGUGUACUCAUCUCUGUUCCAGCUCUUCGCACUGUGGCCGGCUCAGCCACCUGCUGUCAGUGGGGUGUACUGGUUUGAACCGUGGCAGCUAGAACCCAUCGGGCUCAUUGGGAGGAUACGGGCAACAGCACCGGAGGGCCAGCCCAUUGAAGAUGAUCGAUUUUGGAUGGAUGUCGGGCAGAGGUGUCGUCUGUCGAGGAAGGGGGCUGAGGAGGUAGCUAGCCUCCUUGAAGCGAUGGAAGAGUUGCCUGAUAAGGUUGAUAAGGAUAUGUGUGUUGAGAUUCUUAGAACAUUUGUUGGGUCAGUGCAGUGCGCAGCGAGGGAUCAUCGUCUACUACUAUAUCUACGUUACCCGUGGGCUAUGGUUCAUACUGUUGGAGAUGACGAGCUCACAGCUCUCAACUUGUUUCCACGUAAUGUGUCUGUACACCUCAUCAACAAGGAGAUACGCGAGACCGGGCGGCUAGGGACUAACACCGGUGACGUCACUGCAUUGAAGUCUAGCGUCAAACAGCAAAGUGUCAAGAGCGGGGAUCGACCCGGGGACCAUCUGCUUGAACGCCUCUCACCUGACCGUGUGCCCGAAAUGGAGCCUCCAUACAUCGGCUUUGCUGUGGAAUGGCUGCUACCUGAUGACGUGUUGUUGCAUACAGCAGCAGCUGCAGCGGCAGCAGGGCAUGCUGGUGGUCCGGCUGGUGGGGAGGUCAGAGCUCAGUAUGGUGAUGAAGGAGAACCACCACAGAGAGUCCCUAUAGCGGCUCCCGUUGCUGUUCCCUCGCCUAGUCCUACAGAACCUAGGCCAACGACGAUCAAGGGGGAGAUGGGUCAAGACGCGGUCAUAGUGGAUGAUGCUUCGGAUCAUGCGCCCCAGAAUCAACGCGAAGAAUACAUGGCGAUGUCAGUAGCACAGCUCCGGGAGAAGCUCCGUGCCCAGGGCCUGCCAGUAACCGGACGGAAGACCGAUUUGGUGGAUCGUCUAUUGAAGAAGCCAUUGGGAGCGUCGCAGAAAACCGCGCAGGGACCAGCACUUUACAAGUGCCGCGUGGAGCUGCCUGCUCAGCUCAUGGGCUGGCAUGAGUUGCGUAACAAUCUGUGUGGUGAUAGGAAUGCUCACUUUGAGCAUGUCCAUUCCCAGUGUCCGGGGACUAAGCUCAGCCUAGCUGGCAAUCAGAGCGCGGCUCUGCAAGGCUCAGCUCGACUCCACGUUCUGGUCACUACCAAUGGUCUAGAGGCUGACUACAAGCGGGCGAAGGAUCUUGUAGUUGACUUAGCCAAGGCUGUUGCUGAGCACGGAGCCGAGGUUAUGCUAGGGGACCUCUCACCGACCCAACUGGAGAGUGUGUUAGCUGAGAUUAAAAUAGUGGAGUUAACAACAUCAGUGCCUGCGGCGGUGCCUGCCAAGACGUCGGGUGCUGGUGGUGAUUCGGAAGGCAGUGGUGGAGCCAGUCAAGGUGCUGCAGGUGCUGGAACCUCCUCAGCCUUCAAUAGACUCUUCGGAGCUCUGCAGGCUGCUGCGGCGAAGGGCUCACAAGCACCCGGGGGGGCGGCCGCUGCUCCCAAUGCGGGCACACCGACUGGACGACAAGCCGCUUCCUAUGAGGACCUUUGA